UCACACUCACACUCACACUCACACUCACACUCACACUUUCAAGUCAAGUUACUACUAAAAAGGAAAUAAACAAAAAUAUAUACUUAUUAUUUUGUUUUUUCAAAAGAAUUGAUCGAAUCAAAGAAAUAUUAUUAAUUAUGGGUAUUCAAUUGAUGGAGAAAAUGCAUGCAAAGAGAAUUCUUCAAAGAACUCUAUCUAACAAGAAGGUACGAUCAACUCCUAGUUCAACUGCGGAUGUACCUAAAGGUCACGUAGUAGUGUACGUGGGAGAGACUUACAAGAAGAGGCAAGUUAUCCCGAUAUCUUAUUUGAACCACCCUUUAUUUCAAAAUGUACUUGAUGUUGUGGAGGAAGAGUUCGGGUUUGAACAUCCUAUGGGUGGUCUUACUAUUCCUUGUAGCGAAGACUAUUUCUCCAGCCUCAUCUCUCUCAUUAGGUGUUCUUCGUAAAUUAACAACUACUAGCUAGCUAGCUAGUACGGAGUAUGUACAAUAGUAUUAGUCCUAUAUAUACCUUCAUGAGAUUACAGUAAAAAAAAUAACAACUGUUUUUUCAAUUUUUUGAUUAACAAAUUUUAUGUGAUUAAUACUUUAAUAGGCAUUGUGAAAUGUGAAUUACUCCUUCGCCUUCU